AACAAGGAUUAUCAAAGAGAAUGUAGAAGAUAAUUUUAGAUCAAUGUAUUUUGAGACUGAAGAGGAGGGAUCGUUAUUAGAAUGUUUAAAGUACUAUCACGAAAACAAUGUCUUAGUUACAAGAGAAAAACGACAAUUUUAG